AUGAAGAGAGAGGCGGCACGGAGUGUCCAGAGAUUAUUUAAGAAACAAAUUGGGGAGACCUGUCAGCAUUUUUCUCGCCUACAGCCCUGGAUGAAUGACACUGAGGACUUCCCAUUCCUAGAUUCUGCACUGCAGAAGCAGGCAAUGGAUACGAAGAAAAGGAAGAAUUUGAAGAAAAAAGUGGAGUGGAAGGGGGCUGACACUGAUUCCCCUGCCCCUGCUUUGACCACUCUUGUCUCACAGAAGGAGAAGCAGCAGAAGCUCAUGGAAAAGUCAGAAGACCCAGAGCAGUCAGGUGCCGAGCACCCAGCCUCACUGCGGCAGUGCCUGGGGCCUGACUGUGUGCACCCCACCCGGCCAGGCUCCAAGUACUGCUCGGACGACUGUGGCAUGAAGCUGGCAGCUGCCCGCAUCUAUGCGAUCCUGCCCAAGCGCAUCCAGCAGUGGCAGAAGAGCCCUUGCAUUGCUGAGGAGCAUGGCAAGAAAAUGCUCGAGCGCAUCCACCGUGAGCAGCAGGACACCCACACCCGCCUGAAGGACUUAGAGUGCCAUUUCCAUGAACUUGAGGCCAUCAUUCAGCGUGGCAAGCAGCAGGCUGUGUGCAAAGAUGAAGAGAGUGACAAGCAUGGCAGGAACAGCGUCAACCUGCAGAUCUUCUGUGUCUCCUGCGGGCAACCCAUCAAUACGCAGGUUGCCCUGCGCCACAUGGAGCGCUGCUUCGCCAAGUAUGAGCGCAAAUCGCCCUUCACGUCCAUGUACCCCACUCGCAUUGAGGGAACCGCAAGGCUCUUCUGUGAUGUUUACGACCCACGGAGUAAGAGCUACUGUAAGCGACUCCAGGUGUUAUGCCCUGAGCACUCGAAGGACCCCAAGGUACCGGAUGAAGAAGUGUGCGGUUGCCCACUAGUGAAAAACAUCUUUGAGCCCACCGGUAAUUUCUGUUGCCUCCCCAAACGCUUGUGCAAUCACCACUACUGCUGGGAGAAGCUGAGACGUGCCGAGGUGGACCUAGAGCGCGUGUGCAUGUUGCUCAAGCUGGAAGAGCUGGUUGAGCAGGAGCACAAGGUGCGCACAGCCAUGAAGAAUCGGGCAGGGCUGCUGGCCCUGAUGCUUCAUCAGACAACCCAGCAUGACCCGCUCACCACUGACCUACGCUCCAGAGUAGACAGCUGAGCUCUGCUCAGCUGAGGUCCUGUACUCAACACCCUGUGCAAGGGUGACACUCUACGAAUUCCUCACACACCUCUUCCUCUAAUAUAUUUUUCAGGGCAUCUCAGAGUUUCUCUGUGCUUCUCUGUUCCCCAUUUAGUCUCCUGUCUCGGUCUAUGCCUCCUUGAGGUGGGGUGGUCCUCAAAAUCCCCCUGUUUCUGUCUGUUCCUGUAUCCCCCGUCUCUUUCUUUCCUGAAUCUGGGUGGGGCCAGGAGACUGCCCUGCCCUCAUCUCCCACCAUCCAGAGUUUUGUUUAAAAACUUUAGAACAAGAGAUUUUAAUAUUCUUUGGUGGCCCCUAAGCCGUUCUCUCUGGCCACAAACCCAAUUCCGAACCUCCAGUGGUGGUGGGUGACAGUGCAGCUUUACUUGGGGGGUGGGCUACAGUGCACAUUUGGGGGUGCCUGUGAUGCCCGGUGUGCUCAGUGCAGGUCCUGGUGCACACCUGGUUUCCAGUGUCUAAGAAGUGGGUGGGGAGGGUGAGUUUGAGUUUUCAUCUCUGUCAGAAGAGGGAGGGACAGGUAGGUUGCCCUGGAUGUGCAGUGAAAUAUGCAAUCAGUUUAUGCACACAAGAUGUUGCCUCUCCUCAGCCUGAGCACUUUGAAGACAAUGGGAAAUAGGAAUAUUGUUUAUUGAGAGUCAAUCCCAUAUGGGGUUUAGAAUCACAGAGUGGCUAAGUGUGGGCACUUUGGAGUCAGCUGACCUCGGCUUAAGUAUUUCCUGGUCAUUCUACUUGCUAGCAGUGUGACCUUGGGACAACCAACUUAGCCUCACUGUGCUUCAGCUGCUUCUAUUGUAAAAUGGUCCUAAGGAUAAUCAUUGUCAGGUAGCUGGCAAGGUUGCAGUGAAAAUUAAAUGAGGUACCUGAUAUUGAUCACCAGGGCCUCAGGACAGGGGCAGGUGUGUCACAGGAGGAGCAAAUUCCAGACUUGGUGUCCCUGAGACAGGUCACCAUCCUCCUGAUGUGUGAGCACCAUGGGGCUGGUGUCCCACAUCCAGAGCCCUUCCUGUUUCAGUGGAAAAUGUGAUGCAGCCGAUGGAGGAAAGGUGGGAUGAGCGGGUCAGCCCCACAGACUAGAGGAGGGGGAGGCAGCUCCCUGCAGGGUGUCUGCGAGCGAGGUGUGGGUGGGGGUGACCACCGGCCCCAGCUAGGGAGACGCUCCCCCCUGACGCCCAGCACAGGCCCUUCAGUCCUCACUGGCUCUGUGCAUACACUCAGCUGAUCUCUACCAGAGCCUGCUUUCCCCUGAUCCUUGGGGAUUUGCUGAUUUCUCCUCUAUCCUGAUCUAGGGCAGAAAAAUCCCUUUUCUUUGGAACUUAGAGAAUGGCAGGGUAGUAGGGUGACCACGCUCUCUAGGGCCCUUCUGCUUCUUCCUCCUCCUCUCAAAGAUGAGUAAAGUGGCCUGAGAAGGUACAUGACUUGCCCAGGCCUCUGGGAUUGUGAGUGACAGCAGUGGACUGGAACCUUGUCUCCUGACUGUGCCUUCCACCCUCAGCACACAAUAGCCAAGACCAAGUUUCCCACUAAAAGUUCCCCUCAAGGGAUUUCCCUGGUGGUCCAAUGGUUAACACUCUGAGCUUCCAUUGCAGGGGGCACAGGUUCAAUCCCUUGUCAGGAAACUAAGAUCCUGCAUGCCGAGUGGUAAGACUAAAAAAAAAAUGUUCCCCUUGAGAGUCCGUAAACAGAGGCAGACGAUGAGGGAACCAGACCUUGCCCCACAGUUCCCUCCUUCCUGUGGAUGUUGUCACCUCUGGGGACAGGCUCAUUUUCACAGGGGCUCAGGGUCAUGUGGUCAGUAAGACAGUAUAUAUGACAAAACUCAUUUUAGUUUUGUUUAUUAUACAGUUAUAUUUGUAACUAUUACAAAUAUAACUAUUUGUAUAAUAAAACUAAAUAUAAAGCAAGUUAUACACUACAAAUAAGUAGAAAGAAUAAAAUUUAAAUGACCUCUGUUAUCUCCUAACUAAAUUCUAUUAACAUUUUGAUUUUUUUUUUUUUUUUUUUUGCGGUACGCGGGCCUCUCACUGUUGUGGCCUCUCCCGUUGCAGAGCACAGGCUCCGGACGCGCAGGC